CAAGUGAAUCCAGAGCAAAAGGUCCCCAACUUAGAUUCUCAAAGCGGCUGUUCCUUUUCUCUUUAAGACGAUAUGCCGUCUCUUGUUCAGAUGUUUUUCAUAGCUGCAUUGCCGAUCAUUGGCGUGGGUGUGUUCUUCUCCUCCUGGUUCCAAUCGUCCAUUUUACUGCCGUGGAACUCAUCGGCUGUCCCUCAGGUGAAGCUCUCCCAGGGGCUGGUUGUUGGGACGAUCUUGGAUCAGAAUUUCCCAGCCCCGAUUGAUGCUUUCCUGGGGCUUCCUUACGCUGAGGCACCUGUUGGGGAUAGAAGAUUUCGACGGGCAGUGCCUUUGCCGGAAUCGAACAAGAUAUUCAAGGCCCAAGCUUAUGGGCCAAUGUAUUUCCUCAUAGUCUCUUUCCUUGGAUUAUGUUGAAAUCUUUGCAGAUGUCCCGGCAAACAAUUGCUCAGCGGCAAGACUGCACCUCACAGCGAGGAUUGUAUGACUGUCAACAUCUUCAGACAGAAACCAGCUGCCGAUCAAAAAAAAGUCCCCGUUGCUGUUUACAUUCAUGGGGGUGCAUUUAACAGGGGCAGUUCUAUGAUGCACAACACCGGAUCGAUGGUUGCAUGGUCGGAGAGCCCAUUCAUCGGAGUCAGCUUCAACUAUAGAAUUGGUGCACUUGGCUUUCUCCCAUCGAAGCUCUCGUUCGAUGAAGACAUUGUCAACAUUGGACUUCAUGAUCAGAUAUUUAUGUUCCAGUGGGUGCAAGAUAAUAUUGAAGCUUUCGGAGGCGACAAGACCGAUGUUACUAUCUUUGGUCUUUCCGCUGGUGCUCAUUCUAUCGGCCAUCAUAUCCUUAAUUACAAGGAGGGAGUCGCUCCUCUGUUCCAUAAGGCUAUUAUUGAAUCUGGCGCUCCUACAUCCAGGGCCGUCCACAAGUACAACGCUCAUGUCCACGAAGAACAAUUCGCCCUCUUUGUCGCUGAAAGUGGCUGCGCUGAUUUACCCGAAGAAUCUAUAACUUCAUGUUUGCGGUCUCGGCCAGAGAAAACUAUAGUCGCAGCCUCUACGACUGUGUUUGACAAGUACAACCCGAGUCUACGCUGGGCUUUCCAGCCAGUCAUAGAUAAUGAAAUUAUCCACCAGCGUCCGAUUGAUGCCUGGCAGUCCGGCAAGUGGAACCAAGUCCCCAUCAUGACCGGACAUGUUACCAAUGAAGGAACAUACUAUGUUCCAGCUUCAAUGACUAGUGGGGAGGACUUCACCAAUUUCUGGCAUGUAUUGCUACCCCACUAUUCGAACGAAGAUCUCAACACUAUAAACUCUUUGUAUCCUGAUCCAUCGAAAGAUGAAAGAUACAAAGACACUCGGGACUUGGGAGCUAUUGGAGUGGGUCCUCAAUUCAAGCGCGUGGAGGCUUCGUAUGCACAUUAUGCGUAUGUAUGCCCUGUUCGUCAAACUGCCCAUAUGGCGUCAACUGUUCAAGAGCCUGGGGUCUUCGCCUUUCAUUGGGCGCUGAAUAAGACCGUCAAAGGUGGAGCAAAUCAUGGUGACAAUAUGUACUAUGAAAGCUUCCAGGACGAAAUCACCAGCAUCAGUUCGGCCCAGAGGGAGGUUUCCGGAAAGUACCAUGCGUAUGUUACCAGUUUCAUCACACACGGUGACCCCAGCGCCAUACAAGGACGAUUCGCAGAUCGGCCGAAAUGGGAAAAGUAUGAUUCUACGAGCGCCCGGGUUAUGACUUUUGGUAAAGGCAAUGAUGAGAGGGCUGGAGGUUCUGGGCUUGGCGAUGCUGCACAGAUGCUUGGAAGUGAUUGGGUGAAAAGAGAAUGUGACUUCUGGUGGAGGAAGAGUCAUGACACGGAGGACUAAGUGUAGGCAUCUAGUAUCUGAGGCCUACCGGGAGAAUCGAGUAUCCUCUGAUAUCUUGCCGUCUACCACCGUAUCUCCUGUAUAUCUUGAAGUGCUCUAGAUUCUGUCCCAUAUCUCCAACCCUGUAAGUGCCGUACUAACAAUACACAACAUCCCUGCAUUGCCAGGAGAUACCGUCAGCCAUCCAGUGAUCGAUCCCGGAAUUGACAAAUCACACACAUCAAUCACUAUCUUCUUCACAACGUUCCAUCUCUUUAAACUUCUCUCCCUCGCUCUUGAAUCCUGGUCUUGCGCGACUAUGGUUCCAUCUUUUCUGUUCUCUCCAUCGUCUCCCUCGCGCACUACUGGUCCUUGCCCACUCAUAUCCCAGAGCUCCAUUAGUGCCAGAAAGAUUCCCAAAGUCAAGGAAAAGAACCAAAAUUUCAUGGCCUCAACAAAUAACCCGGCAGCCCAAUAUGUUUGAUAAACUCCCAUGGCAUCCAGCUGCACCAAUUAGCCUCGAACCUUACUCACCCCAUGCCAUGUUUCCUUUAGCGAAACACCGCCCAUUUUCCGCUUCGGAGAGAAUCUCUCAUGACGUGCAACUUCUAGACUUACAAUGGUACAGCUUUCCAAAAAGAGGAACAUGCCCAGACAACUCCACUUGCCGAACUCCAGCACCGCAACAAGAUCACUAUGCAUCGAUAAGGCCUCGAAAGCAAGCACAAAAGCAUCGAUGAACUUCAAAACACGAAGAUAGCGCCGUCCUAAGGCAUUUUGAGUUGGAUUGCCAGCAUUGGGCAUACUUCGGAUACAACAUACCGAGGGCCAGCUGUGAGCGAGCUCGAAGCCAUGGUGAAGCAGCAAUUGGGAGUGAAUAAUGCGCUGCUACCACUUGCGAACACGAUUGCAGGAGACGUAGCGUCUUUUCUAGUCCGGCUG